UUAAGUUUAAAUGAUAAUAAAAAUAAAAACCGACCCUCUCUCGGCAACAGUAAAAUACAAGUGAUUUUACAAGAGAAAAGGCCAAUAACUUUUUUUUUUUUUUAAAGACAAGGCUUCCACCCGAACACCCCUCGCAAGUGCAAACUUGACGGAGGCGUUAUCCCUUCAUGCUUAUCUAUGAUUAAAUAUAAAAUAAUAAUUUUUGAAAGACAUCUCCUUAUUUCAAUAUAUUUUUAACCAUAAAAAAUUAAUAAGCAUUGAAGUACAUUUAAAAUUCUAUCAAUCAUAUUUUUUAAUUGCAGAUAAUUUCGAACAUCAACAGCCUUUGGUAAAUGUAAAACGAAAACGGGUGGUAAAGUUUUGCGAUCAGGAAAUCCUGUUGAUGUUGAGGAGCUACCAGACUUAUCCAUGUGCUUGGGUCCAAAUACACAAAUCGAUGGUUGAUAACAUCCAUCAGCUUCCAUUAGAAACGCAGAAUUUGUACAAUUCCUCUAAUGCAAAAGAAAUAAAAGAUAGGCUUUCUACAAAGUUAUCUAAAUUGCUGUCUGUAUCAGACCUCGAUAUAAAGAAUAUCACGAUCAGGAAUGAAUUGAAGAAGGUAAGGGACAUAGAAAUCAAAUUAGCACAACCUGUUCAUAAAAAACAGACCGGGGUACGUGCGACCACUGAUUUGAACAAAUUGGAUGUAAGAUCUCAAAUGAUGCAAGAUCUGUCCUCUUCCGAAGAGGAUUUGAAUGAGGCCAAUUCCGAUUCGUCUACGCCUGCUUCUUCAAAAUCUGCAUCUUUGACCGGUCCGUCUACAUCUACGUCUUCAUCUUUGCCCGGUCGGUCAAAAUCUUCAUCUGUGCCCGGUUCAUCUAGAUUUUCAUCUACGCCUGGUACUUCUAGACCAUCACCAUCUCAAAAAGGAGUUCGCAAACUGCCACUUCUGAGCGUUAUGCGGGAAAAUCAAGAGGCGUAUUACAUUUUUAUAACAAAAAAAGUACCAAAACUUCUUAAAGCUCUUGGUGUUGACUCUGACGAGUCUGAUUAA